AUGGCUGCAGAACGAGUAUUCGGAGUGAGAUUUUGCGGUGCUCGGUGCUUGUAUGGGAUCCUGAUGAUGAUGAUCGCUCUUUUUAGCAUGAUGAUAAUGAUUACAACAAAUUCACAAUCCGUUCAUGCUCAACAAGCAUUUUCUUCUUCCGAUCCUAAUAAUAUUUAUUUUAAAACGGUUCAUAUGAUCCCGCAUAGCCAUUGGGAUGUUGGUUGGUUGAAAACAAAAAAAGCAUACUAUGAAGAGGACGUAAAGCCUAUCAUUGAAGGCGUUUUGGAAGCUCUUGAUAAAAAUCCAAAGAGAAAAUUUAUUUUUGUGGAGAUGAGUUUUAUAAAUUAUUGGUGGGAUGAAGCACAACCCCACAAGAGAAAUCUGUUUGUCAAAUUUUUGAAAGAGAAGAGAAUUGAAUUUGCAUUGGGUGGAAUGACCAUGUCCGACGAGGCUGCCAAUACCUACACUUCGGUGAUUCACACGUUAACGAGAGGUCAUCAAUUUGUCAUGGACACUUUCGACAGUCAAAUUGAUAGCCAAACGGUGAGCGGUAUCAAUACAUUUGUACCACAUACUUCUUUCAGAAUUGAUCCAUUUGGAAGCACGACAACCAUGACACGUCUCUAUGCUGAAUCGGGCUUGAAUGACACCGUCAUCAUGAGAAUUCCCCAAAAGAUACAAACAGAAAUGAGAAAUUCAAAGAGAAUGUCUUUCACUUGGAAAUUGUCUGACGGCUCCACAGUUUAUUCAAACGUUAUGGAUUACCAAUAUUGUGUUAGACCACUAUUUUUUAAUGAAGAGCAAGGAUCUAUUGCGUAUGUCGAUGAGGACGAGGCUGCUGAAAUUUUGCACCAACAAAUCAUGAAAUAUUCACUUGGAUUUAAACAAAGUGACAUUAUGAUACCUGCUGGUUGCGAUUUUACAUUUAAAUAUGCCAAGAGCCGAUUCGAGUUAAUUGAGAAGGCGAUUCGUGGCAUUGAAAAGAAUUCAACCAAGUACCCAUACAAGAUCAAAUAUUCCUUACUGAGUGAAUAUAUGGAAGCCUCCAAGCCACAAACCGAUUCACAAAAUAUUGUUGAUUAUGAUUUCAUGCCAUACGCAGAUGGCCCUUCGGCAUUUUGGACAGGCUACUAUACGUCAUAUCCCGUUUUGAAACAAUCUAUUAGAGUUGCCGAGAGCUUUUUUAGGACUGCCAAAACAUUAUUCGCCAUUUCUGUUCCAUUUGUAAAGGAGGAAGAGAAAACCGCAUUUAUUUCUGAGGGAUUUCGCAAUCUGGACGUUUUGGCUGUGGCUAUGGCCGAUGUGACUCACCAUGACGCAAUUACAGGUACUUCUAAAUUUGAUGUCACAACAGAUUAUAUUCAAAGCUUAUCUAAUGGAGUUACUGCAGCAAAGAAAACUCUCUUUAGAGCUCUGAGCACCUUACUGACGAGUCGAAUCUCAAAAGGAGAUAUGCUUCUUGAACAUUAUAACACACUGCUUUCCCAAACUUUUUCAUUCAAAUCCUUCCUUGACGCACUUGGAAAGUUAGUGACACAAAGAAUCAAGGACUACUCUAUACCUAUUGCCAUCUAUAACAGUCUUGGUUGGGACAUUUAUCACCAUGUUGCUGUGAUUAAUGUUGAUGAUGAAGUGGUAGAUGUUGCUUCAAAGAUUUGCUUUUAUGACAAUAGAGGAACACCAUUGAAGUCUCAAAUUAUUCGAUCAGUAUUGGAUCAAAACGACCAGGAUUUGUAUUUGGUCAUUCCCCAUGUUCCAGCACUUGGUUAUACUUUAGUUUUUGCCAAGCCAUGUAAAGAUGUGGUUGACAAUGAUAUGCAAGAAACUACGGUAAAUGUUGCUGACAAGAACGGUUACACGGUCACCAAUGGUAAAACUUCGCUGACGUUCUGUCAACACACUCAAAUAGGAGGAGUCACAUUGUGUUCCGUUGAGAAGUCUGGAAAGAAGUAUGAUCUUUCACAGCAACUCAUGUACUAUGAAAGUGACAGCUCAUCCCCUUACUCACAACACAGUGGAGCUUACAUUUUUGUUCCAAAAGCACAAAGUCCAAAACCUAUGAUCACGUCAUCCACCUCAAAAGCAUUAACAAUCACAAAAAAGGCAUCUCGUGGCAUUUUCACACAAGUUAGCCAAAUUAUUGCUGAUAAUGUUAAACAAUACGUGAGAAUUUAUGAUCCUAAAGUUUCACAGCAAGGUUUUGAUUUUGAAUACAUCUAUGUUGUUGGACCUUUAGGAAUGGAUCAAGAGAUUAUUACAAGAUUUGACGCAUCAGCAUUUAUUAACUCUGGUGAAACAUUUUAUUGUGAUAAGAAUGGUUUAGAAACAGUGAAAGUAUCCAGAAAAGACAAAGUCGAAGCCACCUACAUGCCUAUCGUGUACAAUUGUUACAUUCGAGAUGAAACAAAAAAUCGGCAACUCACAUUAUUUGUCACUGAAACUCAUGGAGCAGCCAGUGUCAAAAAUGGUCAACUCGAAAUUAUGCUUCAUAGAAGAACUUAUAGUGAUGAUGGACGAGGUGUCGAUCAACCAGUGAACGACGAUUCUGUUGUCGCUUUGAAUAUUAAGGUGCGAAUCGAUGAGGGUCUGAGUGCACCUGAUUUGAGAGGAAUUGCAUUCCCCAAAGAAACUCUUGUGAAUAAUUAUCCACCCUUCUUGGCACCGUUCGAAAAGGAUUUUUACACACCCCUCUCGUACUAUAAUGAUGACGGAGAAGCGGUAAUUAAUGUUGAGCAUGCUUCAAAACUUGUUGAGCAAUUCUCUGCGCUGCACAAGUCAUUGGAUGACAACAUUCACUUGACGAAUUUGGAUAUUGUGUUGAAUCGAAAGAGUCUCGAUACACAUGACGCUAAAGCACUUGUUCAAUUACAACAUUUAGGACCUUCAUCAGAACUAGAUCGAAAAUCACUCUCCAUUCGUACCAUGUUUAUCAAGGAACUCGUCAAUAAGAAAGAUCUAACACUGGAUGAAACCAAUUUAUCCACCUCUAAAAAGAUUUCACAGAAAACCGUUUCAGAUUCCUUCUUUAUGGAACCAUUUACAUUCAAGACCUUCUUAUUUAAGCAAGGCAAGUCAACUCCAAAUUAUGACUUUAAGGAACAAGAUCAAGCACUGGAAUGGACCUUCUCAGUGAGCUUGUUGUUGGCUUCUGUGGUGGCCCUUGUAUUUCUAUCCUUGUUGGGAAUUUAUUUUGUGUAUCGACAAGCAAGAGAUUCCUAUACCAUCAUUGAACAAGAUAAGCGGCCCUAUAUCAUGGCAUAA